AUGGGAAAUACUUGCACAAAGGCAAGAAGCGAAGAUGGUAAAACCAUAAGUGACCCUGGACAACUAGGUGCAAAUUCAGACAUAAAUUCCGAUGAAAAUGAGUUAAUGUUAAAGACAACAAGCAAUUAUGAAGAUACCGUAGAUGAUCAUGGACAAGCAAAUCCAAACAGAAAUGCAGAUGAAAAUAUAGAGGAAAAUGAGCUGACGUCAAUGUUAAAAUGUAUGCAUCACAGAAUAGACCAGUUAAUUGAUGUAAAAGAACUCAUGCAUAGGGAGAUGAUGAAAGGUCUCAGUAAAGAUACUCAUAAUACUGCGGAUGUUAAGAUGUAUCCGACAUAUGUGAGAGCUACACCUGAUGGUACAGAGAGUGGUGAUUUUCUGGCCUUGGAUAUUGGUGGUACUAAUCUCCGUGUGUUAUACGUUCACAUUAGUGACAAAGUUGUUAAACAAAUUGCUGAAACCAGACAUGAAAUAAAAGACUUGAAGAAAGUAACUGGUAUUCAAUUAUUUGACUAUGUUGCAGAACGUUUAGCUGAAUUUAUGGAGAAAAAUGGACUAAAAGAAAAGACGUUACCGCUUGGGUUUACGUUUUCAUUUCCCUAUGUGCAGAAAGGUCUUACUUCAGCUACUCUGACUGCUUGGUCCAAAGAUUUUGAGGUAUCAGGAGUCGAAGGCGAAGAUGUUUAUGUACUUUUACAAGAAGCGAUAAAACGCAGAGGGGAUAUAUCUGUUAACGUGCUAGCUGUGAUUAACGAUACAACCGGUACGCUGAUGUCAUGUGCUUUUGAACACCACGAUUGUGUGGCAGGUCUUAUUCUUGGGACUGGUACUAACGCGUGCUAUAUUGAGAAACUUGAGAAUGUUGAUAUUUGGGAUGGUGACACUCUGCCACCUCAGCAGAUCAUAAUCAACACUGAAUGGGGUGCAUUUGGUGAUAGAGAUGCAGAUGGUAAUGGAGGAGUAUUGGAACACUUGAUAACUGAGUAUGAUGACGAAAUCAAUAGAAGCACAGUGAAUGAUGGAAAACAUAUUUUUGAAAAGAUGACUUCUGGGAUGUACCUGGGUGAAAUUGUUCGUUUAAUUCUUGUGAAACUAACCAAGGCUGGUGUUAUCUUCAAUGGUAAUAUUACAGACGAUUUAGAAACUAAAUGGAUUUUCAAAACUAAAUAUAUUUCAUACAUUGAAGAAGACACCAGUGUAAAUAAUGAAGCAUGCAAAUCUAUAUUCAAGAAGUUUGGUCUAGAGAUAAAAGAUGAAGACUGUGAAAAGGUCAAGACAGUCUGUUCUGCUGUCUCGUCUCGUGCUGCCAAGCUGUUAUCAGCAGGUAUUGCUGCCAUUGUCUGUCAGGUGGGAAGAAAAGAAGUCAUAUGUGGUGUGGAUGGAUCACUUUAUAAGUAUCAUCCAAAUAUAAAGACAAUAAUGGCGGAAACCACCAAGCUACUUGCUCCAUUUAUGACUGUGCAGUAUGUGGAGUCAUCAGAUGGUAGUGGUAGAGGUGCUGCUAUAGUUGCUGCUGUUGCCCAAAGAUUAAAGAAAUAA